CGAAGUAGUAUAAGGAGCCCCCACUAUGCAAAACGAAUAUGUUCCGAGUUUUCCGACUGCCUUUCAGUGUUUGGUAGGUUCGCGACACUAGCAAACCUAUAGUGAAAAUAUAGAAACAUUGAAAUUAUCGUCUGCUAUUUGACGCGAUUACGAAUAUCACAACAUUUAUCAAGCAACUAAAUGUUGAAACGGAAUUGUAACAAAAUUGUGAAUGUUUUUUAAUGUAAUUCAUAAUUUACAAGAAAAUUACACUCCCAUAGUGUUGUUCAAAGCAGUCAGAAUGUCAAAAUUGAAUAAAUGUGAUAUAAAAACGGAUGUUUGUACGUUUGAGUUUUUGCAAACAAAUAUUGAUUCAGUGAAACGCCCUUCAAAAAAAUGGGUUUUUACAAAAGGAAAUAAAUCAUUUUUCGGAUUUCAACAAGUUGAAGAUAAUGGAUUUGUUAGAAAAAGAGUUGCAGUACUACCAGAAUGUAAAAUAAAAAUUUUUGUCGAUGAUACAUUGAUACCAUUCUGUGAAUAUAUUCGAAUAAUGAGUAUUGAUGAAUUGGAAAGCAUUUUGGAUAAAGUGGAUAAGUACCCCUAAAAUUUGUAAUUGUAAUUAAUACAUUCUUAAAUUGAAUAUAAAUAUGUAUAUAAAAAUUGAAGACGACAACUUUUACAAGCAUAAUUUAUUAAUUUAUACUGCACGUAUGAUAAAUAAAUAUUUUUAAUAAAAAAUAUUGUGUCUAUUUAUUAAUCACAUUUUUUUACUACUUUAAAAGUUAAAAAACCAUUGUCAAAUAAAGCACAUCUUGUUUUUAAAAUCAUAUCUUUUUGAAUCAUAUAUAAUUAUUAUAAAAUUAAAUAUAUUAUUGCUGGCGUUAACAUCUACAGUAACAUAUGAUGAACGUGUUGUGUUAUAUUAUCUCUAUUCCUCUUCAUAUUCCUCUUCCA